AUGGCCUUCUUGAAAACGCCCCAUCUGGCCUCUGCAUUUUGUGCAGCUACCAGGAAUAUUACCCAUCAGCAGAUAUUAGUCAAGAGCCAUCAUGCCGCCGCCAGUUCCCCUCCUCCUGCCGAGGGCUUCAUGCCCGGUGUUGCCAAUUCUAAGUUCAUCAAGAGCACACACCACGAAGCCCUCAGGAACCCUGAGCUCGCCAGUGUUGCCAAUGGGGAGACUAAGAAGAUGAAUACUUUCCAGGCUGUUAACGAUGCCAUGAGCAUUGCUUUAGCCACUGAUGAUACUGCAUGUGUGUUUGGAGAGGAUGUCGCCUUCGGAGGCGUCUUCCGCUGUACAAUGGGACUCGCAGAGAUGUUUGGACGUGACAGAGUCUUCAACACUCCCUUAACAGAGCAGGGUAUUGCUGGAUUUGGUAUCGGUAUGGCAGCUAUGGGAUCGACCGCCAUUGCUGAGAUUCAGUUCGCAGAUUAUAUCUUUCCAGCCUUUGAUCAGCUAGUGAACGAGGCUGCUAAGUACCGUUACCGCUCUGGAGGAGAAUUUAACGUCGGUGGAUUGUGCAUCCGCACACCAAGCGGUGCCGUAGGACAUGGUGGCCACUACCACUCCCAGAGCCCCGAGGCUUACUUUGCGCACACCCCUGGUCUCAAGGUUGUCAUUCCUCGCGGUCCAAUCCAGGCUAAGGGCCUUCUCCUGGCCUCAAUCCGUGAUCGCAACCCUGUUAUCUUCAUGGAGCCCAAGAUUCUCUACCGCGCUGCAGUCGAGAUGGUUCCAGUCGGCGACUACGAAUUGCCCCUGGGCAAGGCCGAGAUUCUGACGCAGGGCAAUGAUUUGACAGUAGUCGGCUGGGGUGCACAGCUCUAUGUUCUCGAGAACGCGAUUCAGCUGGCCCAGAAGAAGAUGCCCGGUCUCUCGGUCGAGCUGAUCGAUCUCCGCUCGAUCUUGCCUUGGGACGUCGAGACCGUCUGCAAGUCUGUCAACAAGACAGGACGUCUCUUGAUCGCUCACGAGGCUCCCAAGACCCAGGGCUUUGCUGCUGAAAUCGCCAGCACCGUUAUGGAGAGAUGCUUCUUGCGCCUUGAGGCUCCCCCACAGCGUCUCUGCUCCUUUGACACACCCUUCCCCUUGGUGUUUGAAAAGUUCCAUGUCCCUGACAUGAUCCGUUGCGCUGAGGGUAUUGAGCGCGCAAUGAAGUUUUAG